AUGCCCCUCUCCAAGGAUCCCCUCCCUGUCGAGCUCCUCGAGCUCAUACUACCACAGCUUGAAACCAGGGAGCUCGGUCGGUGCAUGUCCGCCUCGCGUACAUUCUACCUCAUCAGUGCGCCCGUCCUCUACCGUACACUACGUGUCGACUUUGCGCGCGCCGUCAAUCCUCUCUUCAUCCGGGGCAUACCCAUCACGCCGCGCUGGACCCGGUCCGUUUCCCUUUUCUCCGGCCACAGUAUGGGCGGAACCGAGACGGGCAACUGCAAUCCGGCGCAAAAGUUACUCAAUCGCUUCUCGCACCGCAGUCCCGCGUCGAUCGGCUCCCUGCCUUCCUCGUACUCUCCUCUGCCUCAUCCCUAUCCUCACCUGGUCGUCCCAUACCUGCCUGACCGUCUCAGCUUCACAACCCAUCUCACCAUCACCUCGCACACUCACAACAUCUGCGACAAGCUCUCACCCCUCAUCAUGCCGUUCCUUGAGACCUUACGGAUCGUUCCUGCUGCCAAGGAGGCCCACCUGGACGUCUGCCAUUGCAGUCACUCGCUCUCCGGGAAGCUCUGCCCUCCAUCUGCGCGGUGCGGAUGCCCCCUUGUUGCUCAUCUCCUACCUCGGCGGCUCGUGCUCGGGGGUAAAGCCACCGAUCUCACCGGCUCCGCUCGCGGUCUAUGGCCAUCCCCUUCCGCUUUCCCUCCACCUCACAUCAAAGAGCUCCUCCUCUACGUCGGAUUGCGGGCGCGGCGUGGCUCAGUCCGGCUAGACCGCCCAUCCUUCCUGUCUGUCCUGCCGAGCUCGGUCGAACGGCUCGAGCUGGUGGACAUGUCCUUCCAGGAAGGGUUACAGCCUGAUGUGUUCUGGACAAGAUUGGGGAUGGCGUUUAUCGGGGAAGCACAGGGGACGAAUCUGAUGGGACUGGAGUGGGGAUUGAUCCCGGCAAACCAGCCGGGGUUCCGGUCGAUGGCCCAGAUCUUGGUUACGGUCUGGCGCAAGAGGGGGCUUAGCAGUGAGCGGAUCAGCGCGCUAUGCGACAGGGUCUGCACAGUUGGGAGGGCAGCUCUUGAGUUAAGAGGGUCACCGGAGACGGAGCCGAGAUGCGGGGCGAUAGAGUGGACGAUGGUGCAUCUGGACCCAGAUGGGCUGAAUCUCGUCUAA